AUGUAUCCAACAAGUGCAUUUAAUCAGGCUCCAUUAGGUUAUCCAUAUCCUGGCCAACAGCCACCAGCAUCAAUUUAUCAAUCUCAAUAUGGUAGCGUAGCUGGAUUUAAUCAUCCUGUACCACCACCAUAUCAACAAGGUUCACAACAACCACGUGGUCAAUCAUUACCAGCAUCAGGUAGACAAUAUCCAGCAGCUGGUGCUUAUGCACCACCGCCACCAACAACAUCAUCUCGACGUCAUCAACAUGGUCAGUAUCCACCACCAGCACCAUCUCAACAUUAUGAAUAUCGUAGUUCUCAUGGAUCAAAAAGUAAAAAACAUCAUAAACGACGAAGUGUUUCGCCAAGUGCUGGUGAACAAGGUUUAUAUUCUGAUCAAGAACAACAACGUAAAGAACGUUCAGAACCAUCAGAAAUACAACAAAAUCGUAGUCGAAGUGCAUCACCUGCAUUACCAAGUCGUUCGAAACAAGAAGGAGCUAAUGAUACUGAUCAACAACAGCCACAACCAUCAACAGUACCAUCUCAAGCAGUUGAAGGUGUUACUAAUGAAGCAAUACAAGGUGGAGUUGCUAGAUCAGAAGAAGAACAAGCAGUUGGAGAUCCUGAAAAAAGAAGAUCAGCUUCAAAGAAAAAACGCCAUCAUCGUCGAGAUCGUUAUGAUAAUUAUAAUAUUCCUCCAUCACAAGAUGCUCCUCAUGAUCUCAAUUCUAAUAAUCUUUUUCAUCAACCACCACAAUCAACCUAUUUUGGAGAAUAUCAAAAUGAACUACCUCCACAAUUAAAGGUUCAUCGUCAACCACUUUAUAAUGGUUAUAAUCAAGCAUAUGAAGAAUCUAUUCGCCGAGGAGAUGUUUAUCGUAAACAAGCGAAACGUUCAACACGUUUACCACCCGAAGUUAAGCAACAAUUAUUACCACAUGAAGAUGAUCAACAAAAUCAUUCUCUACCAGUACCACCACCACCACCUCCCCAACAACAACAACAACAAUAUACAUAUGGCCCUAGUUCAGGAUAUUCUCAACCACCACCUCCAGCACCCACAGCCGGACCACAAUCAUUACAGCCAUUUGGUAGUAUUCGUCCAUCAUAUAAUCCAUAUCAACCUUAUGCUCCUCCACAAGCUCAAACAGCUUAUUAUAAUACUAUGCCUGCAUCUUUACCUUUUAAUAGUUUACCACCAUGGUCGAAUGUAGGACCCGUUAAUGGACCAGCUGAACAAGAAAUUCAACGUCUGCGUAGUCAUAUUCAUACGUUAGAAGGUGAAUUACAUAAAUUGCAAAGAAAACUUAAUAAGGCAACAUUAAAUAAUAAUGAAGCAACUGGAGGACAAGGUGAUCGUAGUCAAGAUGAAGGCACUCGUUCACAUCGACGAUCAAAACGCGAUGGUAUUGGUUCUCCACGACAAACGCCAGUAAUUGUUGAAUUAAAUAAUACUACAGGUGAAGCUAUUCGUGAGGCUUCAUCAAAAAAGCAUCGACAUCGUACAGCUAGUAAUAAUAGUGCCCAACAAGGCCAAGCUGCUGCUGCUGCUCCUCCUCAAGAUGUAUCAUCAAUACAACGUAUACCAGAAAAUACGACAGGUCAAGAAACAGCAGCAACUACAGCUGCAGUACCUGAUCCAACUGUAGUUCAACAAGCAACUGAUCCACGUGAUCGUUCACGUUCAGGUGGUAAUCAAAUUCCAGAAGCAGAAAGUAAAGCUUCAACAAUAAAACAUCCACGCGAAGAUACUGUUGCACAAAUAGCACAAGCAGCUGCAGCCCAUGUUAAUAAUCGCCCAGGAGGAAAUGUUGCUCCUCCUUCUCAACAACAACAAGGUCCUGCACCACCACCUCCACCAAUGCCACAAAAUGUAAGACCACAAAUACCUAAUCAACAACAACAACAACCACAACAACCACAACAGCAACAGCAACAACAGUUUCUAUACCAACAAGGUGUUUUACAAGGCCCAGGUCAACCACAAAUUCGUGGUGCACCACCACGUUUACCAGGCCCUGGUAAUACCAUUCGCUUUCCAGGCGAUACAUAUCAACAACAAUUACAACAACAACAACAACAACGUAAUAUAGCAAAUCCAAAUUAUAAUCAAUCGAAUAAUAAUGAACUAAUUGAUUAUGAUGAUGAUGAUGACCGUCGUAAACAAGAAGAACAAAGUCGUUCAGCUGAAAAAAUUCUUGAUGCAUUUGAACGUUUUUAUGUUAAUCGUGGUAAACCAACAACAGUUCCAAUGAAAGUUAAAUAUAUUCCGGAAGAAGAUAAUAAUAGUAAUACUAAACGUUCAAAUCAACAUCAAUAUCAACAACGAAAUACAAAUAAUAACAAUCGAUAUCGUUCAACAAGUCGACAAACUCGUAGUAAUAGUUCAUUGGAAUCUGAAUCAGAUUCUGAAUCUAUCUAUUCCAACUCACCAUCGUCCUCGCGUCGUUCAUUAUACGAUAAUCACCAUCGAAAAACGACAAUCGGCCCGUUUAUAUGA